AUGUUUACGAAGGAUUCAUCGACAACGAUACAAACAAAGAUGGGCAGACCUGUGUACACACAUGUACCUGGGGUAAACAGGGGAGUAAACAAGGCCUGUGAGCCUAUUGCACUGCUGCUUGUGCUGCUGCUGUUGCUGCUGCAUUCGUCAAGUGAGUUUGUGCAAAGCGCAGCUGCCCCCUUCGAUCCCCGUAUCUCUGCCCGCCCGCUCUCCAUGGAACAAUCGCUAUUGGAAUGUACGCUGGGACGAGACAAGCUGCUGGAAAUUGAUGGGUCACCAAACAUCUCAACCAACACUAAUUCAAAUCAAGACGUCAUAGCUCACGAGUUAAGCGCGAUGCAACGCAAUGAACAAGCACAGGCUGAGCAAAUGUUUUUGUUGGCAUUACACGAACGCUUGGCUCAGCAGCUGCGACCUCAGACGGAACUUCAACGGAUUUGGCAAAAUAUGAUGCUUGGCCUGCCAGCUUUAUUACCACCAUUGGACUUAACGGCUUUACCGGGUACCAGCCAAGCCUUAAUGCAUCCACUCUACCAGGUUAGUUGGGUAAAGGAAAAAGGUUAUGAAGAUAGAGAAGGGGUCGAACGGUUAUUGUUUAUCAUAUGGACGCAUAGGGAUUGUCUUCAGUUGAUCAGUAAACAUAUGAAGAGGAGAAAUGGUGUAAUUGAAGUAAACAAGCGCUUCGAUUGUGAAAUAUAUACACAUUUUACACACAGAAGAGAAGCUACACAGUGGUCAUUUUGUUUAUUAAUUGCUAUAAGUGAACGUGAUGAUUGUUUACUUAAGCAUAACCUUUGCACUUGGCCACAGUGUGACCAACCAUGCGAAAAUUUCGCCACAUUUUUACAUCAUUUGGCGACGGUUCAUACGCUCGAUGAAAGAUCCGCUCAGCAAUGUCGUGCUCAAAUCGAGAUAGUGGAUAACUUGGAGCAUAGGCUUAACAGGGAACGUACUCGUCUGCAAGCUAUGAUGCAACAUUUACAUAUGAAACAGUCACCUGAUACUACCACGCCAACCUUAGGCACGUUACAACAGUCACAAGAUUCAACUUCCAUUCCAUCACCAACACUUGCAGAACCAAAAACUGAAUCCCUACCCGAUCAGAGGAUAAUGGUUUUCCGUAACGUUAGACGGGAAAAGGAUAUUGGUGGAGAGCUACGACAACAGACGAUCUCGGCGUUGUCAUUACCAAGUGUCUCAAACGUUGAGGGUUCACAACAGCAGCAGCAAGAACAACAGCAACAGCAACAACAACAGCAACAUCAUCAUCGUACAACUCCAACACCACGGCGGAAAAUCAACGACAAGGUUGUUUUACAUAUUUCAACCGAUAUUGCAAGAAAUCGCGAAUUUUAUCGAACACAUGAUGUACGUCCACCAUAUACAUAUGCAUCUCUGAUACGCGAAGCCAUCAUGGAAUCCAAGGAUUGUCAAUUAACGCUUAACGAAAUUUAUCAAUGGUUCACGGAAACGUUUGCAUAUUUUCGGAGGAAUGCUGCAACUUGGAAGAAUGCAGUGAGGCAUAAUUUGUCGUUACAUAAAUGUUUUGCACGGGUUGAACAGAAUGUGAAAGGUGCCGUAUGGACAGUAGAUGACUCGGAAUUCUAUCGACGCAGGCCUCAACGUGCGCAUACAUCACGGAGUACGCCAUCAACACCAAAACCUGAUAAUCCAUUAAGUUUACUUUCCACGGCAGCUGCAGCAUCCGCGGCCAGUAUGAUGAUUACAGCCAACGAGCAUGCAGAAGCAGUGCUCCUUUGUGAUAUCAAGCAGGAAGUAUUAGCUGCCGAGAAUGUUACUCCCAGCUCGCUGCAGAUGUUCAUUAAGGAAGAAAAAUCCAGUCCAAAACUUGAGGUCGGCGAGGAAUCAUAG